AUGGUCGAUCCUACUCGUGGUAAUACUGCUAUUAACCUUAAGACAGAACAGGGUAAAUUUAAAAAGGAACGAACUGAAGCGACACAUCGCGAGAAGCUGAUUCAGUAUACCGAUGAUGACAAAACGGAAGACCCAUCUUUAAUCCAUCUUGGAUCCCGUGGCGUUGCUUUUACGGAAGAACUUGACGAUAGUAAUUCAGGUACACCUAAAUUUACACAUUGUUAUCAUUUUUUCAGUGGGUUAUUGAGAAUUUUUCAUCUCACCAUCACGAUAGGAUGUUCAUCACCUCGACCUGUUAAGGUUGCGAUCUUUGGUCUUCAAUCAAACUGA